UGACGUCACAGGUAAGUACCGUCUAUUUUCCGCCUACCAGCCAAGCGAGCAGAGUGUAAAUCGCUAUUUGGUUUUACCCGUACAAAAAAACCCCACUUCUGGCUGUCAACGCGGACAGAGCUGGCACCAUUCUGAGAGUCUUUAUUCCCUCUCCCCAGAUCGCACUGUAACCAGCUUUCCAAAUGAGUGACGGAGAGUGUGACUUCUUCUGCUUCUUCCGCUGCUGCUGAGCGCGACCUCUGCGCGCCUCAGACAGACGGGAAGGCAGGUUAUCUCUGAACAGUGACAAGAGCAGGUGGAAGGGGGUGUGGGAAGAGGUGGAGCUUUAAACAAGUCAUUUCAGUUAAUCGGACCUCUAGGCUCCGACAGGUAGGCCAGCCGUCUACCUGUCCGGGUGAUUGAUUCAUUCGACUGAAUGUCUGUGGACAUGAACAGCCAGGCGUCGGACAGUAACGAGGAAGACUUCGGAGUGAACUCUGAAGAAGAGGAGGAUGAGGAUGAUGGGGGAGAAGAAGAGGAUCAGGGUGACAUUGCAGGCUACUAUGAUGGCGUUGCCAGCGACGUGGAGCAACAAGGUGCUGACUCCUUUGACCCAGAGGAGUACCAAUUCACCUGUCUGACCUACAAAGAGAGUCAGAGGGUGCUGACGGAGGAGGUCAACACUGUGGCCGCUGCGCUGAAGGUUGUACCAGCGGUAGCAAAACUGAUCCUGGUGCAUUUUCACUGGGAGGUUACACAAAUACUGGACAGAUAUAAGUCCAACUCAUCUCUGCUGUUGUCAGACGCUCUAGUCCAGCCCAGCAGCACCUGCAGAUCAGUCACUGCCCCUCAGUCCCUCCAGUGUGGUGUGUGUCUGCAGGUCGUCCGGAGAGACUCACUGCAGGCAUUGCCCUGUCAGCACUCCUUCUGCAAAGCAUGCUGGGAGCAGCACUGCACUGUACUGGUCAAAGAUGGCAUGGGAGUGGGUAUCUCAUGUAUGGCUCAGGACUGUUCCCUGCAGAUGCCAGAAGACUUUGUCCUGCCGCUACUUCCAGCGGAGGAGCUGAAGGACAAAUACAGACGCUACCUCUUCAGAGACUACGUCGAGAGUCACUUCCAGUUGCAGUUGUGUCCAGGUGCGGACUGUCCCAUUGUCAUCAAGGUGCAGGAGCCCCGGGCGCGCAGGGUGCAGUGCAGCCGCUGCAGUGAAGUCUUCUGUUUUAAAUGCCGUCAGAUGUACCAUGCACCCACAGACUGUGCAACAAUCCGGAAAUGGCUCACCAAAUGUGCAGAUGACUCGGAGACAGCUAACUACAUCAGCGCACACACUAAAGACUGUCCUAAGUGCAAUAUCUGCAUUGAGAAGAAUGGAGGGUGCAAUCACAUGCAAUGCUCCAAGUGCAAACAUGACUUCUGCUGGAUGUGUCUCGGCGACUGGAAGACUCAUGGCAGCGAAUACUAUGAGUGCAGCCGCUACAAGGAAAACCCUGAUAUAGUCAACCAGAGCCAGCAGGCUCAGGCCAGAGAGGCCCUCAAGAAAUACCUCUUCUACUUUGAGAGGUGGGAGAAUCACAACAAGUCUCUACAGUUGGAGGCUCAGACGUACCAGAGGAUCCAGGAAAAGAUCCAGGAGCGAGUGAUGAACAACCUGGGAACCUGGAUCGACUGGCAGUACCUGCAUAAUGCCGCAAAGCUACUAGCCAAGUGUCGCUACACGCUGCAGUAUACGUAUCCUUACGCCUAUUACAUGGAGUCUGGCCCACGCAAGAAACUGUUUGAGUACCAACAGGCCCAGCUGGAAGCAGAGAUAGAGAACUUGUCGUGGAAGGUGGAGCGGGCUGACAGCUACGAGAGAGGAGUGGUGGGAGGGGAGGGAGAGCUCAGCGCCAGUGACAGAGGGGAUUUGGAGAAUCAGAUGCACAUUGCUGAGCAGAGGCGACGCACGCUGCUGAAGGAUUUCCACGAUACCUGAAGUUCCAUCAUGAUUGCAAAGCACCAGCAUCUCCCUCCUUACUUCCUUCCUUUCAUCCUUGCCCUCCCACCUUUGCUUCCUUCCAUGACCAUCCCUCGGUGCAGUCAUGCUGACCCCUUCUUUUUGCUUCUCUACACUCAUUCAUUUGCUUCUUCCUUCCUGCCUUUUCCUCCUCUCACUCCCAUAAUGCUGCAGGGUCACAGAAUGGCACGAUUGUAUCUCCCCUUCCUCUUCUCAUCCUCACCUCAUGUACAUGUUUUGGCUUCAGAGCGUCACUUUCACCACGGUUACACCUGUUGCAACUUUUCAGAUCUGAUCUUAAAGGUGAAGUUUUGAGAUCUUAUUAUGUGUCUGAAAUCUUUUGGUAUUCUUUUGUUUCACAUUAAGCAUUUAGAUACAGAUAUGAGCAGCUAAAAGCAACAUUUUGCCUCUUGAUAAGAGUGUAAGAGUCAGACAUGUUAUUCUCCCAACGUUUUCCCUGUAACAACAAUUUAAAACUGCUAAGGGUGGUGAAGCUUUUUGUUAACAAGCAGAUGAGGAAAAUGUGGGAAAUGGAAUCAUCUGUAUUCGGUGGUUUCACAGACCCUAAUGAGUAGCAGCCUCUUGCUGGCAGUUGUACCUGUAGCGCUUCCUGUAUUGGCCUGAAUGCACGCAAAGUUGCCAUUCUGACACUGCACUGAUACUUUCCACGUGUUUACAUUUCUCUCACCUCUCCGAAGCUGCAAAAGAAUAAUCGAAAUAGAUGAAUAAGAAAUUGAUUGCAAGCAUAGAUGAUGAAAUAGCUGGAAGGUUUUAUGGAAGAAAUUGUUUAUUUACAGCAGUGAUGGCAGAACCUGGAGACUGUGCCAGCUAGUGAAGUGUGAUAAAUGAAACGUGUCACUGCCCUGGCUCUGUUUUGAACAAGCUUCGUUAUAAACCAGGUCAGAUGCAACUUGAUAUGCCAGUUGACAGUUCUCAGUGGCAUAUUUUCUCAUUGUAAAAGUGAUUUAAAAAAAAAAAAAAAAAAAUUCUUCCAUAAUGUGCAUAUGGUGUGUUUACUGUGGAAAAAAUGGUGACCUCACAGUCCCAUGUACUCCUUAAUAUACUUGAAAAAAAAGACAAUAUUUUGCUACAUAUGAUGCAUGUUCAUGUACACAAAAUACUUAAAAAUAAGAUGAAUGUGUUCAGAUAAUGACUUUUUUAGAUUCUGUUGCCAGUGCUUCACAAUAAACACACCUUCCUCUUUUGUUUGCGUGAGCACCAAACAUGACCUGCUACAGCCAACGCUGCUGCAGAUCGUCGCUAGUCAUUACAAUCAAAGUAAAACUACUGAAUUCUUUAAUUCCAUUCUUGUCUCUUUACAUUCUCAAAGUGGUAUUGCUGCCUGAUUGUGUUCUGCUAAUGUAGAUCCAGACCAGUGUGGGCCAACGUUUGCACCUCCACUGAUCAGAUGAUAAAGUUGUUUUUGAAGCAGCAAGUGUAAUCCCAGCCAUUCACGCACACUAGAGCACCACCCAUUGACACAGCAUUCGCACACUCACACCAUGCACACACUGACGUACUUCAAACUCAAACACUCCGCUGCAGAAAUUAUACAUUAAUCAUUAAUUUGUUUCCUUCCCUCAUCUCGUGCUCUUCUCUUUCUUUACAUUCAUCCCCUCACUUUAUUUUGCUCUUUAUUUUCUCUUCUCUUCCAGCUCGCAUUGUUCACUUUUCUUCUGGAAAAUGGCUGUUGAUAGAUAGAUUGUUUAAAAAGGAAAAAAAGAAAAAAAAAAAAACAAAAACACAAAAAAAUUGUUGUAAUUUUCAACGGUUGUACAUUAAUACAGAAAUAGAGUUACUGAGAGUUUUUAAAACCCAGAAA